AUAUACCACUUCUUCACCUAUCAGAUAAGUAUAUAAUGCACAUAAUGCAUAACAUGCAACGAUAGUAUUAACCAUUAGCACUGGGUUACGGUCGAGAAACAGUAUCGCGUUAACUCGCAACGUGAAAUGAUCUCAGCUGCGUGAUCUUGACGCCAAAUGACAGUGAGUUUAAAGAGUAGAAAAGAAAGAAAAAAAGAAAGGAAUAAUAAUAAUAAUAAUAAUAAUAUAUCGAGUGCAAUAUAAUAUCUAUUUCCUACGAUUUCAUUUGGAUAACGUGUGUAAAAAAUUAAUUAAAAAAAUUAAAAAAAAAUUAAAAAAAAAGGAAGAGAAGAUCCAAUAAUAAGAAGCUAAUCAUGAGCUUGUUACUUUUGGUACUCGUACUAUGUGGAUUAUUGGCAUUGUAUAUUUAUUGCCGCAGGAUAUAUAGUUAUUGGGAUAGACAAGGUAUACCAGUGGUACCUUAUUCCAUACCAAUUGUUGGUCACCUAUUACCAUUGUUAUUGUUGCAAAAAAAUAUCUCACAAUUGGUAAUAAAUUGGUACGAACGUUAUAAGAACAAUAGUAUGGUUGGUUAUUACGAUGGUAUGGUGCCGGGAUUGAUAGUACGGGAUCCUGAAUUGGUUAAAACGAUCCUACAAACGAAUUUCACGAAUUUCCAUGAAAAUGCAAUGAAGGUUGAUCAGGACGUUGACCCAUUGAUGGCUAAGAAUCCAUUUUUUUCGAAAGGCGAGAUAUGGUUGGUAGGUAGAAAAAGAUUGACCUAUGCGUUUUCGAGUAUGCGAUUGAAAAUAUUAUCCGAGACUGUAAGUAAAGUUUGCAAAAAGUUUGACGAUUAUUUGUCUCGAAAGAUUAAAGAUGAUCAAAGGAUCGAAUUUGAGACGAAAGAUCUAUUUGGUAGAUUUACAGGAGAAGUUGUCGCCAAUGCAGGAUACGGCAUUGAAGGUUUUUGUUUCGAUGAUAAUUAUAAUCCACAAUCGUUUCAUGAGAUUGGUAAAAAGAUAUUCAAGACUACCUGGUUGCACGGUACAUUGCAAUCAAUGAUGUUCUUUCUUCCAUUUUUAAAUAAUUAUUUAAAAAUACGAUUAAUACCGAAGGACAUUGAUCAUUUCUUUCGAACGAUCGUUAAACAAGUCAUCGAUAAAAGACGAGAAGAGAAUGAAAAGCGUAAUGAUUUUUUUCAAUUAAUGGUCGAUCUUGAAAAAAGUGAGGGUCAAAAGUUCGACGAGGAAUCAUUAUCGGCACAUGCAUUAUCAUUCUUCGUCGAUGGUUAUGAAACAUCAUCGGCUACCUUGAGCUUCAUUUGUUUCGAAUUAUCGAUACAUUGUGACAUACAAGAAAAACUUAGGAAAGAGAUCAAACAAGUAUUGGAUAAACAUCAAGGAGAGAUUACUUAUGAUUCCUUGAAAGAGAUGACGUAUUUGGAACAAGUUAUAAGCGAAUCACAAAGAAUGCAUACCCUAUUGGAUAUAAUGGGAAAAAUGUGUACCGAUAAUAUCGAAUUAAAAGCUAACGAUGGAUUAACUUGUAAAAUUGAACCAGGUACAAAAAUAAUUAUACCGAUUAAUUCAUUACAAAGAGAUCCUAAAUAUUGGAUCAAUCCGGAUGCAUUUGAUCCAGAUCGAUGGAACGAACAAAGGAAAUCUGAAAUUAAUAAAUAUUGCUUUUUACCAUUCGGUGAAGGGCCAAGAAUUUGUGUUGGCCUUAGGAUGGGAUUAUUACAGGUCAAAGCUUCACUUGUUACUUUAUUAAUGAAAUAUAGAAUAGAAAGAAAUCCAAGAACCUGUUAUCCAGUAAAAAUUGGCCUUUUGGGUGUAUUAUCGACCCCUAUAGAUGGCCUUUGGGUUUAUCUGAAACGUCUAUAAA